AUGGCUGCAACUCGGUGGGAGAAGACGAAAAGCUAUUCCAAAAAAGGCUUCGACAAAGCAUGGGAUACCGUCGACAAACUCGGGGGCCCCGUCAAUCGCCUCUCAAACCGACUGGGCGCCGAAGCAUUCUGGCCCAUGACAAUCGACAAGGAAAGCGACAAAGCUGCGCGCAUUCUACGGAGCUUCUGUACAGACGGCUUCUACGCCCCCGAAUCGAACGUCCGAACCGACGAGAAUGGCAAGAUCAAUCGCCCCAAGGGCAAGCAACAGCGCGUGCUCAAGAAGAUCCCAGCCAAGGUUUUGCGCAAUGCCAAGGGUAUCGCCAUCUUCACCACCAUGCGCACCGGUCUGUGGAUGAGUGGUUCCGGUGGCAGUGGCGUGCUGCUCGGUCGCAUCCCCGAGACUGGCGAAUGGAGUCCACCCUCCGGUAUCAUGUUACACACGGCCGGGAUUGGCUUCCUGGCGGGUGUGGAUAUCUAUGAUUGUGUGGUCAUCAUCAACACAUAUGAGGCUCUGGAAGGCUUCAAGACCUUCCGUUGCACGCUGGGUGGCGAGUUGAGUGUCGCCGCUGGCCCGGUUGGUGCUGGUGGCGUUCUCGAGUCCGAGGUGCACAAGCGCCAGUCCCCGAUUUGGACCUAUAUGAAGAGCAAAGGGUUAUAUGCGGGGGUGGCUGUGGACGGCACGAUCAUUAUUGAGCGGACAGAUGAGAAUGAACGGUUCUACGGCCAGCGCCUUUCUGUCAACGACAUUCUUGCUGGCAAGGUCCGACAUCCGCCGUACGAGCUUGAAACGCUCAUGCAGACCCUCAAAGCAGCUCAAGGCGAUACAGAUGUGAAUGAGGAAGCUCUGCCACCACCCGGUGCGACCCCUGGUGACCUCGAGAUAUCCGAUGAUGGGACAAGCUUUGGUGUGCCAGCCCAAGACGAUCCGGAUCCAUACGGUGUGAAGGCAUUGGAGGCCGAGGGCCUAUUUAUUCGAGAGGCCGGCACCAAGGUGAGGCCCACUCAUGAUACCUUUGAGUUCCGGCCGAACCCGGGCAGCCCUAUCUUCGCGACUUUCUCGCGCCGGAGCAUGGAUAGCUCGCCGCGGAACAGCUGGCGGGCUAGUAUCCAAAGCCAUAAGAGUAACAGAAGUUAUCUCAGUGUCGACCGUGGCACACAGACUAAUGAUGCCUCGCCAGCUGCGUCUACGUCAGUGAGCCGCGCACCAUCCCCACCCAGUGCCAAGGACUCGACUGCUCCGUCAGUGAACUGGGAUGAUGAUCCUGCCAGCUGGGAUGCAGUGCCGCUCAACGGAGGCUACGAUGGACUCAAGAGCGAGGACCACAAGCCCAAGUCUUACGACGAGCAAACUCAAGCCGACAAUGACGUUGACGAAGAUGACGACUUCGAGGUUCACGAAGUGAAUAAUGCUAUCGUUACUCCACGGGACAGUCUUCAGUCAUUCCAGUCCUCCCCCAAGAAGGCGGAAGAGCAGAGUGAUAACGAGGCCAAGCGUCUGUCACCCAGCUUCACCCGUGCUCGUCUCGUGAACAUCCCAGCUCGCACCCCUCCUACUUUACCUCCUCGCACUCCUCCUGCUUUACCUCCUCGCCACCCACAGCACGUCUGGGGCUCUAGUUCGAGCCGGGAUUCGACAUCGCCUACCGCUCUCUCGCAGGUCAGCCUCAACACCUCUCCCACCGAAAUUGCCGAGGGUGAGUCUGGAGAAAUCCAUUCUUCCCCUAAGAAGCUCCAGACCACCACUGCCAUUCCUGUCGUCGUCGAUGAAGAUGAGUUUGUCGAUACGGCCGAGUUCCCCGCUGCCAGCGGUGACGAGUUCGAGGAUCCUACCAUCACCCUCGAAGACCACGUCGCCGAGCAGGGCAUCGCAGACACUGAGCGUAAGGAGUCAACCGAUACUGUCUCUCCUUCACAACAGGAGACAGACAAGUCCGACAACUUCCUAGGCGUCAACACCUCUUCCGGUCCCCAGAAGUCACCCGAAAUUGACUCCAAGCUUGGCGCCACAGUCGAAGAUACCCCCCAAGUCGAAGAAACUCUCGACAAAAUCGAAGCCAAGUACGACACCAUGGAAGGCGAAACCUCUUCCAAGGUUUCUCAUGCCGACCAAGGCGAAGCUGAGGAGUCACCCGGUGGCACCAAGGUCGAUAGCACCUUGCCCCAUGCUCGCGCCGAGUAA